AUGGUUGACGAGACUUCCCCUUUCCCAUUGAGCUCACGUUAUAGUUACCAUUCUAUAUUUAGCGAUGUUUCUAAGACGAGAUUCAACCAUCUAGCAACGCGUUUACUCUUUAGCUGUGCGUUAUUUGUUGGAUUGACGAGCACGAUUUUAUGCCACAGCUGCAGUACAAGAUGGGAAUAUUUGCUUAUUUUACCAGUCAAAUGGGUUUCAGUUUACAUUGCAUUUCUACUCAUAAUAGUAACAAGGAAAAACUAUUUGCAUGUCGAUAGUUUGAGCUACAGCAGUGUCGUGACGCAAGUAUAUGGACAAUUAGUCUCCAUCAAAACCCUUGUUUAUCUGCUCAUUCACACGCUAAGUGCUGUACUCACGGCGAGCGCUGUACGAGACUGCAUUUUUAGCAAUUUAGACUAUCCUGCGCUAGCUUAUUACAGAUUUUGUGCUUGGUUUAUGACGUCGUUAUUGUAUGCUACACAGCAUGUCUCAUUUGAUCUGGACAAACUCUCAUUUAUAUAUGGUUCACAACACCAACAUCCCCAACGUUUCAUUUCGUCCCGUUUGCAAAAUUCUUUAGCGAAGUGCUUGAUGUUAGCCGGCGUUUUCUUUUUCCUAAGUCCAAUUUUAUUUUAUUAUCUUACCUACCACGGUUUCCCUGGUAUUGUGGUGAAUUUCAAGUGCACCAUUGUGGGGCUAAUAAUCUUCCAGCUGUGGGACUUUGUAAACAUCGCAUUUAAUGCUUACCUCUCCAUUGGAUGCCUGCAUAAAGGAAAGCCUAUAUCCUCUUUAUCUUCAACUCCGAUGGAGACCUUGGUGACAGGUUUAUCUUCCAAGAAAGUCUUCACAAAACUUACGGCAUUUCAAGAGUUGGCUUACCGUGCUACGUCACCAGAUUUACAGUUACGGCUGCCUAUUUACCACACACGCUAUAGAAACGCACAAAUUUGGCCAAGUAUAUUGAGGGAAUGUUUGGUAACAAUUCAAGAAACAAAUUUGAAUGUCUCUACAUUUAUGAGAUGCCUCGAAUCUCAAAAGGAGAACCUCAAAAGAGCAGAAGUCAGGGGCACCAAAAACAUUAGUAGCUAUCAUCAAGAUGAUGAGUUGUUUGGAAAUAAACACAUUGUUUCAACUGGUUACAGAACCAGACUUCCUGGGUCACCCCCAAGUAGUGAAAACCUUUCACAUAGAAUUACCCUACAGAAUAACAACAUUUUUGCAGGUGAUAACAAACCACCAUCAUAUGAACCUGUAAGCUUUUCACAUAUUUCGAACAAUCCAAUAUUGACUCAACAAACCACACUCACAACAGCGUUGUGCGAUGUCAUUAAUCAGGCCAAAACAACUUUUAAUGCGUUUUUCUUCCCAACACAAAACGACAACUCCUCCGCACAGAUAUCGCUUUUUGAUCUGUGGAGAGUAUCAAAGAAAAGACGAGCCGAGAAGUUGAUCCCUGUUCCAGUAUGCUAUGCUGAGUGUGUCAUUUCUCUAAUGGGUCUUUUAAUCAAGUCUUUAGAUGAAGAUCCCAAAGGUGGCGUCGUCUCCUCCGUUGGAGAAGUACUCAAGAUAUUCGAAAGAUCAGUUGGAGCGUUGGGAGGCUUUGCAGAGUGGGAGGAGCCAAACAAUUCUCAAGACAAUGCUGUUCCAGACGUCGUUACAAUUCUUUAUGAUUUAUCGAUCAAUGCAUUUCUAGAAGUGGUGCUCAAGUAUAAUGAGUUGUUAAACAGUGUUUAUCUCGAUGACGAUGUUGUCAAGCUCAGCAAAUGGGUUUUGGAAAUUUGCAAUGAGUGA